GCCCAUGGCAGCAGUGUGUGACCUUGCCCCAGAGUAGGAGCCCGCGGCCGCCCCCCUCCCCCCCGGGCCCGGCAUGGACGCCCCCGUCACCCUCAUCAUCAAAGCCCCCAACCAGAAGUACCGGGACCAGACCAUCAGCUGCUUCCUAGACUGGACCGUGGGGAGGCUCAAAACCCACCUGGCCGACGUCUACCCCAGCAGGCCCUCCACAAAGGAUCAGAGAUUGGUGUACUCUGGCAGACUGCUUCCUGAUCACCUGCAGCUGAAAGAUAUUCUCAGAAAACAAGAUGAAUACCAUAUGGUUCAUCUAGUGUGCACAUCUCGGACUCCUCCCAGUUCUCCAAAACCCAGCACCAGCAGAGAAAAUCAUGGAACUGCAGCAUCCAGUAGCAGCUCAAAUUCAGAUCAUUCGGGAUCGACAACUCCGUCUUCAAGCCAAGAAACUUUGUCGGCAACCAGCAGUUCGGGCUCAGAAGGAUUGAGACAGCGGAGUUUUCCCCAAGCACAAACGACCCCCGUGCAAAGCCAUCAAUUCCCGUAUGUGAUGCAAGGAAAUGUGGGGAACCAGUUUCCUGGGCAGGCUGUUCCAGCUGGAUUCCCUAUGUACCCUGCUUUCAGCCCGCUCCAGAUGCUGUGGUGGCAACAGAUGUACGCUCGACAGUAUUACAUGCAGUAUCAAGCUGCAGUUUCAGCACAGGCAACCUCAAACGCUGACCCUGCCAGACCAUCUGUGGCACAGCCUGUCAAUUUGGCACCAGCUCCGGUCAACGACCCACCCCCAGCUCCAAAUGGCAUGGCCCAAGAGAACCGGCCCGGAAACCCAAACGUCCAGAUGAAUGCCCAAGGCGGGGCCAUAGUGAACGAAGAGGACGUGAACCGAGACUGGCUGGACUGGAUGUAUACUUUCUCUCGGGCGGCCAUUCUGCUAAGCAUUGUGUACUUCUAUUCCUCCUUCAGCCGCUUUGUCAUGGUCAUGGGCGCUAUGCUGUUGGUCUACUUACAUCAGGCCGGAUGGUUUCCCUUUAGACAAGAAGGAGGCCGGCCACAGGCUCCCAAUAACAAUGCAGAAGUGAACCCUGGUGGGCAGAACCUAAAUGACCCAGACCUUGAAGAAAUGGAGCGACUAAUGGAUGAAGGGGUUGAUGAUGACAGUGGAGAAGAUGCCAUCGAAGAUGCCAAUACAGUGCCCCAACCUGGAUUCAUGGCUUCAGCUUGGUCCUUUAUCACUACCUUCUUUACCUCACUCAUACCCGAAGGGCCUCCCCAGGUUGUAAAUUAGCAUUGCCUCUCCCAUCAUCCUCCUUCCCCCUCCCCAAUGCCCUCUCCCUACCCCCCUACCCCCAAAAAACUGUGCCAACAGCCCAAGAGCUGUGCCUGGAAGUGGGUGUGACUAGGGAAGUGUUUUAAAAUAACAGUGCAAUUUCCAAACAUUUAUAACUUUUUUUUUUUGAUCAUGAUGUUCUAGGUGUUUUUCUUUCGGCUUCUCAUGCAUAUGAGUAUUUUAAGCACAAGUGGACUACUAAAUGUGGUUUUCUUUUUCUUAGCUCCUUCUAAAGAAGAGUACAGUGUAACAAUACUGGUCUUCCAUGUUUUAUUGAUUUCAAUUAUGUACACUAUACUGAAAAAUUAUUGUUUGUGCAGAUUAUUAUUCCUUUAAAGAGCUGUUUAAAAUAUAAAUAUCUACCAGGAAGAGCCUAGCCCUUCAGAAAUGUGAAAUUGGGGUAAAUACAGCAUCUAUUUCCUGUGAAAAAUAAGUUUUUUAUUUUUCUUUUCCAAAAAGAAUGGUAUUCACACAAAAGGAUAUUCAACUGGUGUGUUUUUUUUCCUCUGCCUUAAAGUGAUAAGCCUCUCUUUGUGCUUAUUAGCUUGAACAAGGAUAGUCUUGUGUUCCAGGGGCAAUUUUGGACAUUUUCUAUUUUAAGGGAGUGUACCUGGACAAUUGGAUUUUUUUUUUAAGAACAGCUCUUCAAGGGGAUUCAGUGAUGUUUGAUUCAUUACAAAUGUUUGAUACACACAGUACUUUUUAAAAAAAAUAUGUACUGGAAAUCAAUCCCUGUAAUUAGUUUUUUUAAUAAAAGAUCAAAUGCAAGCAAGAGUUUAUGGGCCAUUUCUUCAGGCUCUUCAAUAAAGAACAUAUACUUUCAAAAA